UUACCUUCUACUACACGCCUGCAGCCCACGCUUCGCAGACCAUCUAGUUUUUCUAGCUUUUCUGUUAUACCACAACUUGACGCGGGUUGCCUGUGUUCCUCUCUAGCCCUACCAUACCCAACACAGUAUUUUUGUCAGCGUGUUGUCCGUCGCCAUUUUGGGAGUAUACACUCGAGAGAUUCGAACGACAAACUACACUGUUUCUGCAAGUGUUUUAUUCAAGCAAUCUCCAAACAUAUCCUUACAGUUUUCAGAGACGAUAGAAAGUUCUUCAAAAUGGCCAGCAGAAUCUUUGGAAGUCUUGCCAAUGCGUCAAGAUCCUACCUCCACCCAAGAGCAUCACUUGGUAAAAAACUCUCACUGACCCAACAAAGGACAAUCAAGACCACAGAAACGGGAGCUGUUGCUAGCAAGCCAGACCAUGUCAGUUUUGGCUUGCUCAAGGUCAUUGUAGUUGUGAUACCAUUCAUAUAUGUUGGUGCUGUGAUAUCGAGGGAGGGAGCAGCUUGGCUUGAAGAAAACGACAUCUUUACACCUGAUGACGAUGAUUAAUCUAGCCUUCUCAAUAUUUUUUAUGGAAUAUUUAUUGGAUAAUGAUAAUGUUCAAUUUUAUGUUAGCAUUUUUGUAGGCAAUUACAUAUACAGACGUGGUCAUAGCUAGUAAUUUUUUUAAUGGGGAAGGGGUGAGUCAUAGUAGCAAACUGAAGAUUUAUGACAGCAGAGGACAACAAUGGUGCACAAGUUAUAUUUCUCUGCACCUUAAAGAGAAAAUGAUAGCUACACACACUUAUGUGUAUGCUGUCGUAGUCUCUCUGCCGUUGUAUAUUUUUAGUCCCUAAUUCUAAAGAAUGUAGAUGCAAUUUCUUCCAUGUGUCAUUUGUAAACGAUACUACUACUCGACCCAGGGAGCAGAUAAAACAGGAAAUAUGUCAAUAUCGAGUCCAUAUCGUAACUAAGUACCAUAUACUGGCACUGAUAUUGUAAUUACCUGUAUUGUAAUGUUGUUUGUAAUGUUUUCAAAUUUUAAUGUAGUAAUGUUUUUAAUGUAUUAUUAUUUAUUGACGCAAGCAGUUGUGAAGGAAUUGCAAAUAGUGUGUAUUGAGAACCCAAAAAUGAAGAAGCCAGGAGUAUCAAUCUCAUCAAACAAUAGUUAGAACGCGUUCAUUUUCCCGGUAAAAUUGAAAAUACUACACAAAGUUUCAAUAACUGCAUUAAUCAGAAUUCCAAUUUUUGGGGUCGGUCUUCAUUCGCUGUUACAAAAGCAAAAUGAAAGUAGAUAGAAUUAUAUAUGCGCACAUGUGAACACAGGGCGCCCAAGCUCACAGUUAGUGGUUUUAGGGUUUUGUGAGAAAUUCUUAAUAAAAACGCACGAAACUCACCGAGAAGUGAUCAUUUUAAUUAUCUCUGUGAAGUUUCGUAAAAUUCAGUCACCCCUAUCUCACUCAACAAAGUAUACUGUGAGUUGAGCUCCUUGUGAUGUGAAUUCACUUGUAAACCAUGUAGUGUAUUCGGUGUUGUAAUAAAUUUGUAUAAUAAUUUA